UGCGAAUCAAUUAUAAAAGAGCAUUCUUAUAGUAAACACGUCGUUUGAUCUGACUUUUUACCACCUGAAAAAUAAGUAAUUAACAUAUAUUGCCGAUAAAUAGUCACAAAACUCUUUUUAGUAAUUUUACUUACGAUUUAAAACUACGUCACAAAACAGAAGUUAAUAUAUUGACUUUAAUUUUAAAACAGUUUCCCAAACUUCGACCUCGAUUCGAGAGAUCCGGACUGCUGGUUUUUGGAAUAAAAAGGCAUCAUCGUAAAGUCAAGAUUAUAUUUAAUCGGUUAAUUAACAACAUUUUCGCUGUAACUAAAUUUUAAAUCAACGUUUAAAAUUACGUUUCAUCAGAGUUUCAAUUCUUAAGAUCUGGAAUCAAAAUUUGAAAAAAGAAUGGAAAAUUUUGCAGCCUGACUGCAGAAAAGUCUGUGACUAACACGCUUCCCUGAAAAUCAAUAUCGCGACAACUAGCGUUUGGCGCAGAUUGCUUUUUAAUCAUCUGCUUUAAAAAUUCCUCUAAUUCUUACUUGACAAAAGUUUAUUGUUCGGCAAAAUGUCAACUCUGAGUUCCAUGGCGCUCCUCGACUACUUCUUGACUUCGCAGAAUUCCAUGCAGCAGAAUUCCCUCUUGGCCGCAAACAUGCUCCUCAACCGACAACAACAGUCACAGUCAAGAUUCAUGACGUCAUCUCCCCCUUUUACGACUCCUCAGUUGCUGACGUCAUCAUAUGGGGGUUGCGGUGACCCUCUGCUGAGUAUGAUGGGUGGAACACAUGCAGGGGGGUCUCUCAAUUCAGCAUUGGCGUCCAUGGGGUCUCAAUGUAACUCUGUACCGCCAACUCACUUGACCAACGCUUCUCAUCUUCACCCCUCGAUCCCCCCGCAACUUCUCAUGAACCCCUCCCACCUGCCCCCUCACUUCCUGUCCAACCCAGCAGCCGCCAUGUGCAGUGCCCUCCUCUACCCCCACCGGUCCAAGCGCAUCCGGACUGCAUUCACUCCGGCCCAGCUGGCCAAACUGGAGACUCAGUUCGCCAGGAGUCCCUAUGUUGUGGGUCAUCAGAGGAGGCAAAUCAGCGAGGAGCUGGGACUCACCGAAACUCAGGUGAAAGUGUGGUUUCAAAACCGAAGGACUAAAGAAAAGCGAGUUCUGCAUCCAGAAGAUGAAAGCAUUCUAGAACAGGAAAGCGACGACGAGUGUCCUUUGACAGAUGAUGAUGAAAAAUCAUCAAACACUCAAAAGCCUUGCGAAACUAACAAACCAAUCUCAAUAUCUAAUAAAAAACAAGAAACCGAAAAGAAAAAUAUGAACGAAAAUGAACAAAAGAAGUUUUCAGCACUUGAAGAGCUGCUGAAUAAUAGUGCAAACAAAGAACUGGACGUUGAAGGAAAACUUUCCGUAAACGAUCUGGAAAAAAUAGCAGAAUCUAAAUUUUUGGGCUGUUCCAGCGAAAAAUGCAGUGUUUGACAAAAUUCAUCAAAAAUUAUCCUCGUAAUUUGCAGUAAUGUGCAAAAUUAUAUUUGGAUUGUAAAUUAUUGCAGUUUAGUUUUAGUUUCACAAAAAUAUAAUAUAUCUAUUCAAAAUUGGAGAAAAGCUUUAUGAAUCUAGUUGCAGUCAUGAUUGUUUCAAUGAAAAUGUCGUCUUCUUUUGU